AUGCAGUGGCUCCUCGGACUCCUGCUGGCUGCUGCCUUGAACCUGGAGCUGGAAGUCCACUCCAGCUUCAAGGACCUGUCUCUGGUCACCAAGAUGUGCUACAGUGGCUGCCCUGACAUCUCCACCCUGGGCCUGGGCCCCAGUACGUCCAUCGCCUGCUGCCAGGCCAGCCUCUGCAGCCAUGACUGACUGCCUCCUCCACUCCCAGCUGGUCACACUGCCCUGCCUCCCAGAGCCCACAGACCAGCCCUGGACCUCAGGCAGCCUCUGCUCCUGCUGCUCAGAAGGCAGCUGUGCUGGGGCCCUGGGGCUGGGGGCCCACAAGGAGCACCCUAACCCAGGGCAGGGGUCAGGCGGCUGGAGACUUAGGGGCUGCGCAGGAGUGGAUCAGAGGAAGGGGACAGGCCCUGGGCAGAGGGAGGGGCCUUUGGGGCAUAAGGAGAUGGGAGGGCGGCGUGAAGGUGAGCAGACAGGUGAGAGGGUGAGCCUGGAGGCAGCCCCCCACCACAUGCAAACACACGCGUACACACGCACAUCAGCAAACACUUAGUUGUGGCUCCAGAGAGCCUCGGGCUGCAAGGUGGAGCAGGACCCCAGCAAGGGAGAGCACGCUUCUUCCCCAAGCACGCCGCCUGGCCCUCUCCUUGGCCUUUCUUAUUCUCACCUUGGGAACAUUCUCAUGGAAGAAAACAUGAAAAAGACAAUGCAAUCAGAGAGGUGCCCACCCAGGAGUGUGCUGUCCCAGCAGAGAAUGACCCAGCAGGAGUGGCAGGGAGGGUCCUCGCAGGGGGCGGGGAGGCUGGGGAGGCCCCAGUAGGCCCCCAUGGAGCCAGGGCUGCUGACGGCGGCUCCUCACACUGGCAGGGUACACGGAGCCCUGGGAGCGGGCUCGGGGACCACCCCAGGAGAUCACAAAGUCGGCUCCCACCUUCCCUCUUGUUGCAUGGAGAGGCAUUCAAAUUGAAUCAAAGAUUUAGAUCCAAAAAGAGAUUUUUUAAAUGACAGUUCAGAUAGAAAAGAAAGACACAUUCUUCAAAUAAUUGAAACAGUUACCAGAUUUUGUCGUAGAUGUACCCGAGAGUCAGGACACACGAUGUUCACACACUUAUUCAUGGGUGUCCACAGCCCCACUUUUCAUAAUAGUCAAAACAUGGAAACCAUCUAGAUGCCCAUGAAUGAAUAAGCUGUGGUCCACCCAAAGCACAGGGUGCCACCCAGCCAUGAAAAGGAGCGAAGCCCCAACAUGCUUCCACAGGCAUGAGGCUGGAAAGCGUGACGCUCAGCGCAAAGAGCCAGGCAUGAUGACCACAUCCUGUGCGCCUCCAUGUGUGCAGGGUGCCCAGAGCCGGCAAACCCGCAGAGACAGGAGGUAGGUUAGAGGCAGCAGGGGGCUGGGGUGACAGCCUAAGAGCAGGGGCCUUCCUUUCUGUCCCUGAAACCCAGUGGUGAGGGUGUACGCCUCUGUGGAAUCGUACGGCACGUGCGGGACAUCAAGAAAGCUGUUACAAACUAAAAAGAAAAAAAGAAGAGCAAUUUUUAAAAAGGAAAACAAGACACAAAAUCCAGACUGAGAAAUAUUCAUGACUGCAUGAAAAUGUAAAAGAAGUAUGUGAAAAAUACUAUA